AUGGCUGGAGACCAGAUUGACAGCAGGGAUGUCGCCCCAGAUCAUGCGGGGCCGGUGGGUAAACAAGAGGGCUUUCAAGAAGACCGCGAGAUUGGCUCGGAACCGGAGCUCAUUGACGUGGACCGCAUCGAGCGCGUGUACAAGAAGCUGGACCGUCGCAUUUUGCCUGCAUUCUGGGUCCUCUAUUUCCUCUGCUCCGCCAUCCGUUCCAAUGUCGGUCUCGCCCAGACGAUGAACAGCGACGUCGGCCAUGACCUUGCAUCGCAAAUGCACCUGACCGCCAAAGAGGUCUCUACUGGCCUGGCGCUGUUCUACGUUUGCUAUGUCAUUUUUGAUCUCCCCUCUAAUCUGAUCAUGUCGAAGCUCAGCCCGCAUAUUUGGAUGAGCAGGAUUGUCAUUGGUGUUGGCGUCAUCGGAGCAUGUAUGGCGGCCGUGAAGGCUCAAUGGAGCUUUUACCUCUUGAGACUGCUGCUUGGAAUUGUUAUUGCGGGCAUGUGGCCUGGAAUGUCCUAUUACCUCACGCUUUUCUACCCACCUUCGCGAACUGGUAAGCGCAUUGGUCGUUACUACACUGCUGCUCAGCUCUCGGCCGCUGUUGUUGGCCUCGUUUCCGCCGGAUUUCAAGAGAUGGAUGGUGAGCGCGGUCUCGUCGGCUUCCAAUGGAUGUUCCUCGUCUACGGAAUCAUCACCAUCGCUGUCGGCAUCACCUUGCUUUGGUGGCUGCCAGAUCGGCCACUUCCUCCCGGCGAAGUGAGGGACCGGACAGGAUGGAAGAAGUGGAUUCCUCAGAGCAAGCCGGCUCUCUCGGGCGAAGAUGCUAUCAUCCAUUACGAGGAUCUUAAAAGAGUCUAUCACAACAAAGCCUGGACGCUCAAGGACCUUUGGCAUGUGUUCAUCGACUGGCGCCUCUGGCCACUCACGAUCAUGUACUUCGGCGUCGUUGGUGUUGGCAUUGGUACCCAAUUGUACGCCAGCGUCAUCAUCAAGGGCAUCAACCCCAGCCUGAGUGGCGUGGAUUUAUCUCUACUGACUGCACCCAUCUGGAUUAUGGACCUCAUCGCCAUUCUCCUCGUCACGCCUCUAUCCGAUCGUUUCCACCACUACCGCGCGCCCUUCUUUGCGGUUGCGGUUCUGAUCCAAAUUGCUGGCCUUCUCGUCACUACAUUCGCACCCGCCCAGCCCUACCCGUGGGCCCGCUACGGCGGACUUCUUAUGGUUGGCUUCGGCCUCGGACCGACGGUGCCCCUGACGAUGGCGUGGACCAACGAGAUCUUCCAGCCGCGGCACGGCGAGGUGGGCGUGGCCGCCGCAUCGGCCCUCGUCUCGGGCCUGGGCAACCUCGGCUCCAUCCUCACCACGUACGCCCUCUAUACCGGCUGGCCCGCCGACGCAAACGACCCCAAGCACAAGUACCGCCGCAGCAACCUCGUCAUGAUCGGCAUCCUCUGCGCCAGCGUGCUGGCUUCGGCCGUCAUGUGGGUGGCCGUGAGGCUGAGCGCGGGGAGGGCGAAGAGGGAGGGGCGGGAGGGCGUGCAGGAGAGGGGGGAUGAUGGUGUGGUGGACAGGGCGGCUGUUAGGGAGGAGAGGCAGAGGGGGUUCGGGAAGUUGCUGGGGAAGUGGUGA